AUGCAGUGGCACGGGCGCCUAAACUUCGUGCCCCUCAGGAUUCGCGUGCACGGCCAGAACGACAUGAGUACUUCUUGAAUACAUCUUUUGUGCAUAUUGCAUGUGCCUGAUGUACUUUCCUUGGCUGAUGUGCGGCAGAUGACACGCCAGACCACGCCCCCGCCGACCGUCCAACUCAGUCCAAGCGGGUCAUCGCCUCUCCUGUCAAGCGCUCGGCAAUGGAUUAA